CCUUUCUCUCUCCAUGGCCAUUCAUGAGAGCUUCAACGCAGGAGAUUUUCUGGAACUCACCUUAGACGACUUUAAAUUCGAAGAAAAUGGGACCGAAUCAUUCCUAGGUUCCAAUGAUUUCAGUAGUUUUCAGGCUAGUUUGAGCGGUUUUCCGGAGAGCCAGCUGUGCGUACCGGACGACCCAAUAGAGGAUUUAGAGUGGUUUCCAAACUUUACUAACGAACCCAUCUCCUUAAGUGGUAUUCAGACGUUUCUGGACAAUGAAACCGCCGUCGGUUUUCCGAAAACCCCAGAACAAGAAAACGAAGAGAACAAUAACAGAGUAGUAGGUCCAAAGAAGAGUUUUGAUGGACUUCUUAGACGAGUGAUAACCAGUAAGAAGCCAAGGAGCAAGCGCGUGAUGGGACGCGCUUGGGUGUCCAUGAAGAAUCCAUUGUCGCCGGAGGAGACGGGUGGUGUUGUGUUGGGGAGAAGGUGUACGCAUUGUCAUGUAGAUAAGACGCCGCAGUGGAGAACGGGGCCGUUAGGGCCUAAGACGUUAUGCAAUGCAUGUGGGGUGCGGUUCAAGUCUGGUCGGUUGGUGCCGGAAUACCGGCCGGUGGCGAGUCCAAGCUUCAAUAUGGAGGUGCAUUCUAAUAGUCAUAAGAAGAUAAUGAAGAUGAGGGAGAUGAAAGACGGGUAAAGUAGGGUAGGGUAGGGGACUUUAUUUGA